AUGCCUCUCGGAAUUCACAAUCCGUUACCUUCAUCGUUAGGAAGCGAAUGUAGAAAGGCGGGCAAAAUCCUCGCCUCCUUUGUCGAUCCACGACAAGCGUUUGGGCCCGAUAAAGUGAUUCCUCCGGAGAUUUUGGCAGGAGCCAAGGGUCUCGCCGUUCUUACUGUCCUGAAAGCUGGAUUUUUGGGCUCAGCUCGGUUCGGUUCUGGUGUCGUCGUCGCUCGACUAGCUGAUGGAACCUGGUCUGCUCCGUCGGCCAUUGCCACUGCUGGUGCUGGGUUCGGAGGUCAGAUUGGGUUUGAGUUAACCGACUUUGUGUUUAUCUUGAACGAUGCCGCAGCCGUCCGGACCUUCUCGCAGGUCGGGACCCUGACGCUAGGUGGAAACGUUUCGAUCGCUGCUGGACCGGUCGGACGAAACGCGGAAGCUGCUGGUGCGGCUAGCACAAAGGGUGUGGCGGCAGUGUUCUCAUACUCCAAGACCAAGGGUCUCUUUGCCGGUGUCAGUCUGGAGGGAAGCAUGCUGGUGGAACGUAAGGAUGCGAACGAGAAGAUGUACAACAGCCGGGUUUCGGCACGCCAGCUCCUCAGCGGAACCAUUCGACCUCCCCCGGGCGCGGAUCCUCUCCUGACCGUAUUGAACUCGCGUGCGUUCUACGGCAAUUCCCGGAAUGGUAGUGAUAUGUACAACGACAUCCCCGUUUAUGAUGACAGCCAUGACGAUGUGGUUUGGGAGGGCCGCAGGGGCGAGGCGUACGGCGAAGGAACGCGGCGCGACCGCACUGGGUUCAGUGGCUCAGGUUCAGAUGACUUCCGGGACCGGCCCCGCCGUGCGAAUACAUGGGCAGACGAUAUAUAUGAUCGACCUGCUGGAGGGUUGAGCCGUUCAUCGACUACUCGGUACAGCGGUCGCACCGACAAUUACGACUCCUUCAACCGCAGCCGGAGCAAUACCACCCCAAUCGACGAGGACUAUGUAUAUUCUGACCGCAAGCCUAGCCGACCCACAGCUCCAAAACCGGUGUUUGGACAGCGGACCGGGGCGGCUCCUGCUCUACGCCAGGACCAGGCCAUAGCACUGUACACCUUUGAUGCGGACCAGGAAGGUGACUUGGGUUUCAAGAAAGGAGACAUCAUUACCAUCCUCAAGAGGACUGACAAGAAAGAGGACUGGUGGACCGGGCGGAUCGGGAGUCGCGUUGGCAUUUUCCCAAGUAACUAUGUCGAAACUGCUUAG